AUGCCUCAGAUCACGGAAAUCUUCCUGGAUUGCGACAACACCUUGGUCCUCUCGGAAGAAUUGGCCUUCGAGGCCUGUGCUGAUCUGGCCAAUGAGAUCCUCGAGAAGAAGGGUCUUCCCGACCGCUAUACCGGCGAUCAACUCAUCAAAGACUUUGUCGGCCAGAAUUUCCGUGGUAUGAUGGGCUCUUUGCAGAACAAGUACAACUUCACGUUGGAGCCUGCCGAGCUUGAGACCUAUGUCACCAGGGAAGAAGACGAAGUGAUUGCCAAGCUGGAAGCCAAGGCCAAGCCUUGUGUCGGUGCCAGCGAGCAAUUGAUCAAGCUCUAUGAAGAGAAGAAGUAUGGUCUUGCUGUGGUCUCGUCGUCUGCUCUGCGUCGGGUUCAGGCCUCCAUCAAGAAGGUCGGUCAGGACAAAUACUUUGACGACGACAAAGUGUUCAGCGCCGCCACUUCUCUCGACAGGCCAACCUCCAAGCCUGACCCUGCCAUCUACCUGCAUGCUCUUAACUAUGUAAACAAGACUGCUGGUGAGACCGUCACUGUGGAAGACAGCAAGUCCGGUGCUCUUGCCGCUAUUCGUGCUGGUAUCUGGACGAUCGGUUAUGUCGGCAGCUAUAAUGGCAAGGAAACGCAGGAAGAGAUGAGCGCGCGGCUGAAGGAUCUUGGGGUGCACAUAAUCAUGAACGACUGGUCGGAAUUUGAGAGCUGCCUGGCUUUCAUCGAGAGCUUGCCCCCCAAGACCGACCCCCAGUCUAGCCUGUAA